GGAGAGGGAGAAAACACAGAUUCUCCAAGAAGAACUGGAUAGAGUCAGAACUUCAUACCAAGAGAACAUCCAAAGAUAUGAAGCUGACAUGCUCACAGUGAGGCAGCGGGCUGAUGACCAACAGUGUGAGCUUGAGAAGCUGCAGAUCCUCACAAAUGCUUCCCCUGAUGCCAAACCCAUGCAGAAUGAGGUGCCUGAGGAGAUUCCCAUGAAACAAAAGGCUUCAACCUGGGAAAGAGUCCAACACUUUCAGGGACUGAGGAAACCACAGAUAUGGGAGAAGCCAAAGGACCCUGCAACCCACUGUACCUCAUAUCAAGAGGACAGCCAAAAGUAUGAAGCUGAAAGGUUCACCAUGAGGCAGCUGGUUGACAAGCUCCCCUCGAUGAUGUGUAAACCCGGCGGGUUUUCGGCCUCCCCAGCCACUGCAGGACGACUGACAAGAGACACGCCGGACGUCCCUGACGAGCCCUCUUUUUCAGGCUUCUGUGCACACAUGGAAAUGGUGAUUGGGAACAGCACCUGCAGAUUGACACACUGGGGACGUGGGUCCCAUUUCUGGAAAAAAAGGACCAGAGGGGGGAAACGGAAUUGUGGAGGAAAGCUUGUGCCAGCCGGUGUGUCGAACCUUGGAUUCAGGAGAAGCAAUUCGGAUUCUGCCCUGGCCAUGGAACAGUGGACAAGCUCUUUAUUUAUUGCCAAGGCUGCUUGAGGGGUCAUGGGAGUUUGUCCAUCCAGGCUACACGUCAGGUCAAGUCAACUUUAUUGUCAAUUCCUGCAGGAUUGUUCCAGACAUACAGAGGAACUGAAAAACCGUUUGUCCUUUGCCGAUAUGAAAUGGGCCCAUGAGCACUGAGGUCACCCCCAGUUUGCACUGGGCUGUUUGCAACUGAGUGUGAAACAGCUGGGAUGAGAGUUAGCACCUCCAACUCGGAUGUCAUGGUUUGCUGCUGAUAAAGAUGAAUCCCUCCUAUUGGACGGAGUGUCUGUGCCCAAGCUUGAUUGACCUGCUCCCCCCCAAACUUGAACCCAAUGGAUGGAUGGAUGGAUGUCAAAGUUUGUCUAUUGGUCAGUCCACCACAUUUGUCAUUAUUGGAUGGACUGCUGUUUGUUACAGACACUCCUAGUCCUCAGGAGAUGUGUCUUACUGACUUUGUUGAACUCCCUAGAUUUUAAUCUCGUGCUACUGUGUAAGUGACACAUCUCACCAACGACUGAAUGGAUACAAUUUGGCACAAAAAUUCAUGUUCCCAACAGGAUAAUAUGUAAUAACUGUUGAUCAUUUUUUGAUGUCUAUCAGCUCCUUGAUGAGGUUGAAAUUUGAAUCUGUCCAUUACCUUGGUUCACCUGCACAACUGGUCAUGUUUCCCAUCAGCCUCACAUGUUUGUUCUAUUUAUUUUACACCACUACGAAGUAGCCUUCUGCAUUGACUGAACCCCAUUAACGUACACACCGACUCUUCAUAUUUUUAACCUGAGCUGAAACAGUAAACAACGUGGCAAGAAAAAUUUGCCGUUAAACAGAAAAUUGGCAUUUGUUCACAUCAAAAUCAAAUAAGAGUUUGCACUGAAGGUCCAAUCAUGAUGUGCUGCAGUGUGGACACAAAACCCACUGUCUACACAGCAAGAUAAUAAAAAAAAAAACACGAGGCUUUCUUCCUCACGUGGCACAUGGGAAGCUGAUGGAGACAUAAGAAAAAGCACUUACUUGACCCUAUAAUCGCACGUUCCCGCACCAGCUAAAUAGCAAUCGUGUGAGUUAUCUGUUGCUGACUGUUAAAAUAACUGUAGCAUCUGACGCACAUGCUUCAGCUUUUACUCAUCUUGUGAUAAAACCCACACAAUGUUGUGCCUCUUGUCUGGAGUCAGCACAGCUUUACAAAAUGAACCCCCAUAAAGUGCAAACGUACGACAGCAGCCAUUGUAGCAGUCUUUGGACAAGCUGGCACGUGCCGGGGAAAAAAGUCAUUCAGGCUGCAGGAACUGGAUGCACUGGGCGAGACGUCAACUACUUCAAAUGGGGCAAUAUACAGGAGAUGGUCUCCUCAAGCAGCGGCUACAGUAUCUCUGCUCUCUUCACGUAUGAUCUCAUAGGACACUUUGUUCAUGACAAACAGGGAUGAGACACCUUUAUGCCAAAAAGUACAAAAGUGAGAGCUGCGGGAGGGUUUUUUGUGACAGAGCACUCGGUGCAUUUGGACAUUAAUGGACAGUCCCGUAUACUGAGACUGGGAGUACAACAAUUGUGCCAAGUGGUUCGGGACACGGGUCAACAAAAGACAAGCUGUGCAAAUAGAUAAAGGAGGGUACGUAGAGUUAGAGGGAGCAUCCAUUAGACAUAGUGUGGAUGUUUGGCUCUACCUGCACAGCCUGGUUGUACAAGCUGUUACAAGUUUUACAUCCUGUCAACUACAAAGAGCUCUGUUGCCACCUACUGGACAAAAAUCAUACUUACAGGUGAGAGCAAGGGUGCAGGUUUCACUACAAACUUAGGGGAAAGAAACAAUAUUGUACAAUUUCUCUGUUGGUGAAAACUCUGACAAAGAAAGACAUACUAAUAAGCAUGAAUGGCAAUCUCUUGUUUUUCUCUACCUCAACAGGGACAGUAGUUCAAAGUGAAAUGCCGAUUUCAUACAGGUACACGGUAAGAAACUAGUCGAUGUGACAUUCUUUAUAUUAUAUUUUGUGUGUGUGUGUGUGUGUGUGUGUGUGUGUGUGUGUGUGUGUGUGUGAGUGUGUGUUUGUGUGCGUGUGUGUUUGUGUGCGUGUGCGUGUGUGUGUACUCAAAAAUAUAAAUUUAAAAAAUAUAGACUCAAGUGAAAGAAAAAUACUUCUCAGCCAGAGCCAUUUUUUGGCCAAAUGGCUUUUACAUGAUUGAUUUUAUCUUUGUCUGUAUUUGUUACUUUUAAUUUUAUUUUAGUAUUUUUCUUAUUAGUCUUUUCUUUUACAGUUACUGUUAACCAUUUUAUGUGACAUCACUAGAUAUUGAUUGUUUACUUGUUUUUUUAUUUUGCCUUCUAUGUGAAGCACUCUCAGACAGCUGUUUAGAAAUGUGCUGCGUAAAUAAAAGUAUAAUUAUCUCGGUCAAGGAGGUUAUGUGUUCG